CAGAGGAGCAAAAGAGUAUUUUUGGAGAAUGAGUCUGCUGGGACACAUUUUAAUCACCAGCUAUUUAUGAAAAAGAGAGAGAGCUUCAGUUUAUGUAUAAACCACAAACCAUUUUAUAUUGCGGAUCACAGUUAUAGGUCUCUCAAACACCAGCAGGCUGUUAAAUAACUAUUUAUGUUGGCUGACCAUGUUUCGAAUCAUUUGGACUGCUCUGAUGCUGCAAAAAAACCUCAGCAGACAAACUAGAACCUCCUUCAUAUCCCUCUACAAGUCCCCACAGCAGAGCACAACUCAGACAGAAUAGAAGAAAUGUAGGACCUUUAAAAAAAGAAAUCAUUCCUAAUUUAGCUGAUGUGGAAAAAAAAAUCACACACAAUGGCACUAUCCCUCAAGUAGGGGAGAGUGGGCUAAGUUUAGCAAAAGGGUAAGUUGAACCACCCUCUGUUACUUGGAAAUGGUAAAAUAAAUUGAUAGUGUGACCAAAUAUUUAGAAAAUGGGCAUCAAUUCAUGGAGUCUGUGAAAGUUAGAAGCACAUGGGUGACAGGGUUAGAGAUUUAUUAAAAAAAAAAAAAACCACUCUUUAAAGUGAAUUUAGUCUGUCAUAAGUUUUAUUAGAAUUGUGUUCAGACCAAAAAAGAUCAGUUUAAAUCUGUUUUAUACAUCAAUUGUGGUAUCUAUGAACUACAACAUGAGGUCAAAAACCUAGCAUAAAAGUCCACCAUUUUAGCUUAGAGGACUAAUAAAGUCAUAAUAGUAGUUCUGGGUUAAGUUGAGCCAUUGGCUCAAGUCUGAAAGUAAAGGAGUCCGCUGAGAGGAUUAGAGUUUCAGUUCAGAUUGUUGAAAUGUUUUAAUUUUUCUUUUCGUGGGGGUGGGGGGUAGUAUGGUCAACUUACCCCAUACACGGGGUAAGAGACCACUUUUUUUGGCAUUCUAUAUUAUCAAGACAGUUAUGUUCACACUUAUUCUGCUGGUUUGCAGGGCUCUUGAAAUAUAUGCAGAUACACUAGUUAGAGACAAAACUAUGAUUGCCUUGAUGUAGUGAUCCAAAAUAUGAAAAAUGGCUCAUCUUACCCCACUCUCCCCUAUAAUUACUGCCGGUAAAGAGGCUACCAUUUGAACAGCAGAAAUUCCCAUAAUGCUUUUCUCAUCUUUACCUUGAAUGUGCUUACUCGCCAGCAAAGCUUCAACAUCCAAGCCACUGCUGAAUAUAUUUAACAGUAUUUGCUCUGUCUUUGCAAGGAGAAUACAAACAUCUCAUCCAUUUGUUAGAAACAAGUGGAGUUAAUGAGGACGUUUCCGACUGUUUCUGAGGACAAGAACAAAGUUUUAGGAUCAACUUAAAGCCAAAAGGGACGGUGACUAAAAAUAGUCUCUCUGGGUAAACUCUCUUUUCAAUAAGAAGCGGGGGUAUUUCUACUCUCUCUCUCUCUCUCUCUAUCUCUCUCUCUCUCUCUCUCUCUCUCUCUCUCUCUCUCUCAUGAUGACGGGAGGAGGCGGGUGAACCAGACAGAGCAAGAGAGAAGGAAGGAUAGAGAGACGGAGGGGGAACGCAGACGGACGGGGUCUCGGUCUCGGUUGGACCGGGACACUUACGGGGUUUUUGGAGAUGCUGUCCCCUCAACGGAGACAGACGAGGGAGCAACCCGUCAGCUCGCUAACCUCGUAAGUCCUCUCGUGCUAUUUCUUCGACUUCACGUGCUCGGUCCUGACACAGUUCUCAAUGAAAUAGUGAAGGAAUCUCUCCGGUUACAGUGAAGUAAGUCACUGCAAGAAGAGAGGCUUUUAUGUGUAGAUGUCUGGAAAAACUAAAAAGGAUUUAGACUUGAUAACUUCAGGAAUUUAAGUGUCAACAUGUUUCCUUUGGUGGAGUGACACACGUUCCCAAAAUCGUGCUAAAAUGAUUUUAAAAUGUGCAUUUUUUUUUAUCAACUCACUGCCAGAAAGGACUCAGAUAGUUAACAAAGUGUAACAGGCUACUUAUUCAUUCUGACUCAAAGGGAAAUGAGUCAUGUAAGUUAUUUUGGGUCUAACAGCAAAAAAGUGAAACCAUAGCUUUUGAUGCAAAGAAAGUUAAUCCUUCACAUCAUUUAUGUGGAGAUAACAGAUCUUUCCUCUGGUUUCUCUUCGUCAUCGUAGAGGUUUUUCCCUCUGAAGACUCUUUUUACCAUAUGGAUAAAGUGAUUGGUAUUCUUCUGCGUUUACUUCAAUGUAAUAAAACAGAUACCUGAAAAUGUCAUUGUAUUUACAGUCUUUAAUUGUAUGAUAGAUAUUUAUGAUAACCAUUUAUUAAAUAAAAUUUGGACACUGCGUCUGGACUGUAGUGUUAAUCUGAAUCAAAAGGACCAGUUCAACUGUAUAAAAACAUUUUCAGAGUAAAAUUUGACCUCUUAUAGUUAUUGAGAGUGUUGACUAAAUGAAAGUUUAUAGGAUGAUAACUGCAAGCACAUUUAAAAAGAACUGUUGUGACCCAAAAUGCUCUAAGGUCUCUGCAGACUUUUGCAUCAUCCCAAAACGAGUAAACACGAUGAAAGGGAUAAGACUUAAAAAAGGGAAAUGCAGUGAAGUUUAAAGGCACAGUGUGGUCAGAUUCUGUAUUGCUCACUCUUCUCUUCUUGUACACAGUUUCUUUUGUACAUGAAACAACAAUCAGUCUUUUCUUCUUCUGCCCUGUGGAGGGAAAUGGUACAUUUCAUUUAACCACUCACCCAAUACAAAAAUGUGUAUUUCAAUCAUGCAUACAUACUGUGCCAGCUGUGCGAGAUGGUGGCUUCCAAGGCACGGGGCCUGCUCCCAUAUAGAUAUCAAAAGCUCAUUCUAAAUGAACAAAUAUACUAUAAUAAGGUGAUUAGAUACAAAAAUGUUAUAUUACAUCUCUACCAAAUCCGUACAGGUUAAUGCUGCUCAACACUGCACCUUUAAAUCCAAUCAAACGUAUUAAAACAGAGUGAAAACGGCACCAAACAACAGAUUAAAAGAGGUAAGGCAAAGGGGGGAAUUAACAGAAAUAAGUUUGAAUUGGAUACACAACAGCUGAAAAAUUAUGGAGCAAAGUCAGACUGAAAUAAAAAAAAGUUUAUUCAGUUGGUUUAUUCAACCAACACAAAAACAUAAACACUUUGAUACGACCAGCAACCUACAUAAAUCAACAAAUACAACCUACAGAUUUCAUGUUAAAAAAAUGCAACAAAGAUUUCAUAUUUUGAAAGCAUGGAGAUGGCACAUUUUAUGACUAGCCAGUCAGUAAGGGGCUCAACGUGUUUUGGUUUCACAUUAGGAAGCUGUUAUGUCAUCCAGGUUAAUAUUCAGUAUAUAAUCAGUCAAAGAGAAUUUUAAUGAUGUUAAUUGUUAUAUCAGAGCAGCUGAUUUUCUCAGGGGCUUAUACAUUUUUGUUUUAAGCAGAAGAUUGAAACUUGAUAUCAAUUCAUGGCAUUUUAGAGUGGCCAGCUAUGGUACAGGUAAGUAUCAGAAAAUCUCAAGCCGUCACUGUGUCUGUUAUUAUUAUUAAUAAUAAUAAUAAUAAUGAUAAUAAUAAUAAUGACAGUUUCAUUUGGGUUAAUCACUGUAUCUUACAUUUUGAGUAAAUCAGUUUUAAAAUGUUAUUUUACUUGCAGUUUUUGAUUACUGGAGCUUCAGCCAGAGCUGAGCAGAGAGAAACUCAGUCUUAUCACCGUCAGAUGAUUUACACUGCAAACAAACUGAAUAUUUGACAUACUUCAAUAUUUCUUAUUCCUUAGUUUCAUGUUCCAGCAUGAAAUACAUAAAGAUACUAAGAAAAUACCAAAAAGGGCAGAAAUGACUAAGCUUUGGUCUGAAAAGUUAUGAAACUUUAUAAAACAGUCUUUUAAAGCAAUUCAGCACAUGAAUUUCAGAACAACAGAAAUGUUAAAAGCUGCACAAAAGGGUAGAUAUCUAAACCAAUCAAUAACUCAUUGUUUCUCAGUGAAAAUUUGAGUUUGAGUGUAAUUCCACUGUUUUUGAAUGUGUAUGUUUACUCUGUUUUAAUAAUUAGAAUAAUUCUAACUUAAUUCUCCUCUCUUCAGUUUGAUUUGAUCAGAUUUCUGCACAGUGUCAUCUGACUGAAACUGACUAAUUUCCCCUGAUAAUACAUUCCAACUCUAUGAAGUUAAUUAGGGUCAUUUCCUGGGAAACCGAAUGACUGUCAGAAAGUGUGUCACAGUAAUGAACAGAUUACUUUGUGUCUGCUGAAAUGCUCUGUUUAGUCUUAGCUGAAGUAAAAAAAAAAAAGGCAAAGUUAUGAAAUGAACAGACCUUCAGAAUCCAUCCAGUGAACACAAACAAAUCAGAAAAAACCUCAGUGCAGAUCUUCAUCACAGAGGGCUCUAGCAGAGAAACACGAGCUGAUCAGAGUCAGGUUUCAGUCUGCUGCUGGAGGUGACGGUGUAACACAACUCCAAACUGUGUGGAUGUGGGUCACUGUUUAUCUUCAGUUCAGGGUCAGUCUCAGACCUUCAUCAGACUCUCAAGAUUUUUUAGCUGUGUGUUGGUCUGUGAUUGGGUGGGAAAAACAACACAGCAUGCUGCAAAGUUUAAACCAAACAGUCACUGGAAUUGUUUAACUCUCAUCUGAAAUUUAUUCAUACCUUCAGACUUUUUGGAUUCAAUUUGGGCGAUUCUGCUGGCAAACAGUGGAUUGCUCACAUUGUGCUGGUUCUGCAUCAACAGUAAUGCACAACUGGACUGGAAUAGCUUGAGCCAUUGGCAACACUUGCUUUAAAACUUAACAUUUCCCCACUAGUGCUGUUUACUUAGUUCCACUUGCCUUGCAAAAGCAAAGGCGUAGCAAUAAUGAUAGACAGUGAAAAUGACAAGGAGUUACUAGGAAGUGACUGUGGCAGAUAAAAGACAGAGUAACAAUAAGUGAUAUUGUUGAGCUUGUAAUAUCAACUCAAAAAGUAGAACAGCAUGAUAGCAUGAUGUAUAGACUUGGUUAGAUUAGAUUAGAUUUUCCUUUAUUCAUCCCUCAGUGGGGAAAUUACAAUUGUUUACAGCAGUGGUACACACAACAUACACAUUCACACCUUACUUGUUUGUUUUUUCAUACAAAAAAACCAACAAAUAAAUAAGAUAUAUUGGCAAGCAAGUAAAUAAGAUUGGUAUAAAAUCCACUCACUCCGUGAGACCAUCUUUCCACUGAUAAGAUCAGUGUGUUUCUGCAGCAUCCAGGACCAGUCAUUAGGACUGCCCGAUUAAACUACAUUUUCUCUUCUGUAAUAUGCACUUUCACUACGUAGAAAUAUAAAAAAAUUAAAAAAUUACCAGAAUACCAGAUAAAUGCAGUGUAUUUAUACCUUUUAUUAUUCCAGUUUUCAAGUCUGUUUUCUGCUUUCAAAUCGUCUUUCACCUACUGUGGCCUCACAGUGUCCUGCCCUCCCACAGCAGCUCUAACAUUAUUAAUCCUUGAAAACAAAGAUGUGGAAACAACAUAUUGUGUUUCAGUUCGCAUCGCUGACAUCAUACUUCAUGGGAUGUGACUGUUAUGAAAGCGCACAUUGCAGUCGCAAUAGUCAAACAGAGUAUCAAUCAGCCUUUGUUCUCGUGACCUUUACAGAAAGGAUCAGUACAACCCAUCUGUAAAGGCGUCUGCAUUCUGGCGGGAUGCAAAAACCUGCUUUUUGAAAGUGGUCUUUUUUCUGUGGCUAAUUUAAAGGCGUUUUAAGGUGCUUUUCCAUUGUGUUAGUCCUGAAGACAGCGUUUCUUAUCAGCACCAUCACCCCCCUCAUAAAGAUAAGGCUUUUGCCAAAGUGUGCAUUUGUUUUCAAGACUUGUUCGAGAUAACUUUUUGCAGGAUGCAGAGUGAUGAGAUAAUUAGACAAUUUGAAGCCCCAUAAAAGUAUUUGCUGUUACAUAAGAAUAAUAGAACUUUUAGAAUCUCUGAUUAUAAAUGUAGUCAGCCCAAAAAAGGUGAUUGAAUUUAACAUUACCUCUGGUGUUAUGGUUAGAGCUCCAGUAUCUGAACAAUAUUAAAAGAAAAUAUUAUGAAAACGUACUAACUUACUCCUUACUGCCACAUUUAGCUGGAAAUUCUGAAACAUAAACACUUCAGGGUGAGUGCUGGAUUUCAAUCAGGCCUUUAAAAGAACAUCUGUCCAAAACAUAGGCCCUAUUAUUCAGUAUCAAGAAAUGUCCUGCCUUGUUGUGGAUAAUUUCAUUUCAUUAUGAAGAUCAUGAGGAGACAUUCACGGUUCCCUCUCCUGGCAUUUUAGAAUAAAAUUUGUGACCUUGAAAUAGAAAUUCUUGAAACAUCUGCGGUAAAUGUGUGUGUGUGUGUUAACAGUCUUAUUCUCUGACUGUUUUCAUACUGUGAUAGUUAGGUAUGUAGACUUCAUCCUGAACUGACUUCAUCAGCGUUCACAGUUCAGUUUUUAAAUUUACAUUUACAUCAGAGCUGAUGUACAUCAGAACUGAUGUAUAUGUAAAUGUAAAUGUGACAAUCUUCCCAUAUCUGUGGCAGCCUAUUCAUUCAGUCCAGCAAGCAGAUGACUCAUUUGAUUUCUGUGACCCAACUGUGAGGAUACAUCAGUGUGUUUAAAACACACAUCGAUCUGUGCUUACACUGCUCUGCAUCACACUGAGCUGCAGGCAAAGAAAUGCCUGGGAUUUUUCUGUAACACAGAGAGACAGCAACCUCUGAACUGACACAGUGGGGUUAAAAGUUCAUGUGUGAGGGCUGCAGAGGAGGAGGAAAAGGAGGAGAAGAGGAGGAAAAGGCUCCAGAUGUGUCUGUAACUCUGAGGAGCCCCUGGCCUAACUUCCUUCUCAUUAAGUCCUGAUUUCUGCAGACACUCUCUGACCUCUGACCUUAUAAGGCAUGAUGUCAAAGCAGAACUUCUCUGAAAAGUCUUCACUACAUAUGGGGUUGUUGUUGGGUCUCUGUAUGUUUGUUUUGCUGUAUGGCAGCAAGAGAUUUCUGUUCAUGUUCAUACAAUACAAAAACAAUCCUGCAGAUUGGAAAGAAACAACAAUAGACCCUGUGUGUGGGUGCAGAUCCCAUACUGAUUAUAGCUGUUGUGGUUUGGCACCUACAUUCUUGGUUGCCAUCUUGGUUUUCUGGAGCCAGAUGUGACCAAAAAUAAGAGAGAGGAGGGAGGGAGCAGGUUAGGUUCUGAAAGCUAAACACUCUGUGCUCAUGGUUGAUUGGUUAGCCAAACAUCUGAUGAUUGCAGCUGAACAUUGGUGUUUGUAUGUCACACGUAAGAUCAUAAAGCUCUUGAAACAUAGUGGACUCACUGCUAGCUCGGAGCAGAUAAAUAUCACAAACUUGCAAACUUCUUCUCAUGAUGAGAGACUGCUGUUUUUUUUUUUGUUUUUUUUGAAAUGCUAAUAACAACCCUGACUCCCAAACACAGGCUGCCACAAAUAAAUCAGUGUUUGACAAACAGUGAAUGAGUUUACAAUCUAGGUAUGCCGAGCAAAGACACAGGUAGAUGCUUAUUAUUAUGAGAAUACAAAUAAAACAAUGUCAAAAUUUUAUUGUGUUUAAACAAGGUGUUCAACGUAGUGUAGUAGAAUUAACUGAAGUGACACCUGACAUACAGCUUUAAGUACCUUGCUGUCACAUGUGGCCGCACCCUUUAAUCACACAGAACUUCAAGCCUUAAAGCUCCUGUGAGGAGUUUUUGAUGUUUAUGAAACAGACUGAAAUUCAUACUGAUGCUUUUUUUAUGAUAUACAAAAGCAUAAAAGACAAUCCGCAUUAAGAUUGACCAUUUUUAUGCUCUUAAUUUUGAUGCUGAAAACUGCUGUGGGGGUGUAGGUGUCAGCCGUGCAGCUCAUGAAAUAGCCCUGUGUUGAUAUUCCUGCUGUGACACAAUUUUGUCUUCAAAUGUGGCCUCAGUUAAGGGCCAUUCUCUAAACCAGUGGUUCUCAAGUCCAGUCCUCGAGGCCCACUGUCCUGCAUGUUUUGGAUGUUUCCCUGCUCCAACACACCUGAUUCAAAUGAUCAGCUCGUUAUUAAGCCAUUACAGAGCUUGAUAACGAGCUGAUCAUAUGAAUCAGGUGUGUUGGAGCAGGGAAACAAAACUACAACACUGAUUGCUCUGAAAUGGUUGUGAUUCUGGUCAACUGAUCACACACAAGACAUCUUGAUGCUGCUUAGAGUUUGUAUUUAGUGUUUGAGGCUUGCUUACUCUUCUAAAUGCUGCUUCCAUUGCCAAAAUGUAUAGACACGUCUUAGAUGACACGGUUUAUACAGAGAUUGACUCGCUUCAGGGAACGGCCUUGAGUGAAAACUUCUUUAAGUGGCCAGAUUUUGCCAAGUCUUCCUGUGGUAGUAAAGUCCAGAUCUAAAGAGAUUUUACACUUUGUUUGGCUGUUUUUAGUCUUCUUAGACCUCUUUAUAUGGCAGCUGUUGCCCACCCUCUUUAUCAUCCAGACAGUGAGAGAUGUAAUCUCACUGGCGAUUUGAUCAAUACUCGAUAAAGUCUUUUGAGUUAGAAGCUAUCAAACCAUUUGAUGAAGGCAGGACAUGUUUGUGAAUGAAAUAAUAAACAUGAUUUAUACAUGGUGUUCAAUGAUUUAUCUCCCUCUGCUGUCAGCUCAAUGAUUGUUCUGACAAAACAAAACAAAAACUGUGGCCUGAGUGAUGAGCGGUCUGCACCUCAAAAUGUUAUAAUGGUUGUUGAUAGGAGUUCAUAUUUUUGGCUCCAAGUCAUUCCUUUUUUCCCCUGUGGUUUUUAUUGUGAGCUGAGGCCACAGAAUGAGUGCUGUUUAUAGACACUUAAACCAAACCAUCAAAUUAGCACCAGAUACAACAGUCAAUGAACACAGAUAUGCACUUUUAGGGCCAGAGGUUUUUUUAUCUACAUUUGACGACCAGUAAUAAUCUGGUGACUGAAUGCAAAUACUCACAUCCAGAUAUGGAGGCCAUGCACACACUGUCAUGAUAAGUGGGUCACAUUCGUUACACCCACUGAGUGGGUGUACAAUGGCUUAGUAUAUUUGCAUGUUAUUGUUCACUAACCUCUGACAACCUCUGACGGGAAUUAAGUCGUGGAGUUCUGUUGGUGGAGAAACUUGUGUAAAACUCUCUUUCAGCCCCAACAACAAAAAUAAAUCUCAAUGAGUCAUUUAUGACCUUUGAAAUAUUGUGAUAGAUAUGGGAUAUACAAUACACUAUAUUCUCCAUAUUACAAUAAACUGGGGAAGAUGUCAAUGUUGGUGGGGUCAAUCGGCUAAAUAGAGUCUAGGGUUAAAAAGGGUUAAAUGUGUGAUGAUGUUGGUUUGAAAUUUGUCAUCUUACUCUUCUCUUUCAAAUGUUAAGUUAUAAUAUGGGAGCUGAAAUACCUGUUUGAACCUGCACAGUGUUUGUUGAGGAAUCAAACCCAGUUCUUUUUAAGACUUUGUUUUUUUGAUUUUCCAGAACCUGAAAAUCACUGACAUUUGUGCUUAUCGAGUCUACUUUCAUUCUCCCAGAUCCUCUAAUGCAGCCUGAAAUCACAGGUUGAACCAGUGACAGGAACUGUGGUGGUCAGUUGCUUUUGAGGAUGUGCUGAACAUGUGAAGAGGCCUCAAGUUUAGCCGCACUUUAACAAGCAGAAGAGGUGGAGGAAGCAGGAGCGAAAAAAAAUACAGUAAAUGGAGAACCUGGAAAAAUUUAAACUGCCAAGUGCAUCAAAUUCAACCAACAUCCAUUACCUUUGACCUAGUGUUGUUUAAGUUCACAAGAACAAUGAGCAAACUCUAAGUUCAGCUCAAGCUAAUCGAAAUGAACCAAAAAACUCUAAAAUCUUUACAAUUAAGUUGGUUAAAAAAUGAUUUUUUGUUUUGUUUUUCAAGCCAGAAAAUCCCAUUUCAUGGUGUUAUCAGGUAAAAAUGUUUAGGUUUGCAAACUAAGAAAUACAGUUAUGACUUUAAUUUCUUGUAAGAAUAUUUGACUUAAGGUUCAGACUUCAACCCAUAUACACGGGAAACUCUGCUUCAUAUUUGAUGAUGUGAGUGAGAUGAUUUUUACACCUUCUAGGUUUAAAAGCCUAAAAGUAAAGAAACACCAAACAAAGGUACAUAAGGAGGGAAUUCUUCUCUGUGUUAAAAAGCCUUGCCUUUUACCAAAUAACAGAUAGGACUUGAUGGUUGAAUAAAGGUGGCUGACAAAGGAUGGUGAUUUGCAAACACCCAAGUGAUGCAAAUUCUCACACAAAACAAAUGCAACAGUGGAAACUCACCACAAAUGAAAAAAACAUGCUGCAAAAUACCAAAACCUUUGUAUUAGCAAACUAGCUGUAAAUACACAAACAAUACAAAGUCAAAAACACACAAAGCAGAACACAAUUGCAAAAGUAAAAUGCUGCAAACUGAGACUUAAUAAUGGACGUGCUCCAGGCCUGUGGGGGUGUCAAGUGAAACAACUUUAUAUCUACAGGAGAGAGAAGAUUGUGUUUGGCAUGCGUUGUGAAUUUGGGUGGUUUGGGAUUUGCAUGAUCCUCCCAACAAAGAUUAUUCAGGCCGUUGUAGUUCUCCAGCUUCUGCUAUGAGGCUCGGAUCAUUGAGGAGACUCAAUAAUUGUAUCAGUAUAAAUUGGUGACAUACAGGAUCUGAUGACUUUUGAUAUUCAAUGUCAUGUUGUGCCUGAGGGCAAAGUCAGGAGUUUUACAGUUCUAUGGAAAUCAGCCUCCCCUCUGAGUCAGCUUGACUUGAUCCCAAGUCCUGCAACAGUUCAAUACAAUGACGAGUGCGAGAAACUAUUAUGUCUUUAAAACAGAAACGAAAUAGACCUCAGGGUGAGACUGAUGCUCCUCCUAUUAAACCUCAAAUUAUUGAUGAAAUAUACUAUUCAUUAUUUAUUUAGAUCCAAAUAUAUGUAUUCAGAACAACAAAUUAUUUUUCACCAAACCUAUAGAUCCUCAUAACAGUUAUAGUCAGUUUUAUGUACAUAAUUUAUAAUUCAGAGGCAUCCAAAUAACUAAAACUUAUCCUAACCUGGUUCCACCUAAAGUUGAACAAUCUGAUAUAAGGUAAGAAUCUGAAUUAGUAAACUCAUGCUUGUUAUAGAUAAAGAUUCUCUGCUCGCUAGAGUUUGUUGUGGAGACUAUGAACACAGCCUGUGGUUCUCUGAAGUGUAUUAAAAUGGAAAAACCGUUCCAUCAUAGUUUGAUAUAUUGUUUCAGCCAGAGGCAGCUCGAGUUCCUGGAAGACUUUUGACUGAGAAACUGAGUGAGUGUUCAUUACCUCCGCUCCGCCAAGUCUGCUCACAGUGCUGCUGUCAAAAUCUCUGCAUCAGCUGGAACGUUUUUAUUUCAAAAUACCUCAGCUCCUUUUUUUUUUUAGUUAGAGUAAGAAAUGUGCACAAUGCUUUAAAAUACUACCUGAAACUUCUUUGUCUCUGGGUUAGGAUCAUAUUUACUGUAAAAAUGUUAAAAAAAUGUUCAGAUGAUGAAUCCAAUCUUUCAUGUUUUUUGAAUUUGGACAACAGAACCCAGGCUGGAUUAUGUCCCAUUUUAGGGGCUGUUUAAAAAAGGUGUGUGUGUGUGUGUGUGUGUUUCUGCAUGCUUGCAUACCUGACGACCUGUCUAACAUCCUACAAGAAGGGACUAGCCUGUUACCAGUAAGAUAUUUUAAUGCCCCUUUAUGGUCGUGCUUUAAAUUGUCUUAAAAUCAUGUCAGAACCUCUCCAGAGAAGUUCCAUAUUUUGUGCCAGCAGGAGACUUUUCUAAAAUCCAGUUCAGCAGUCCUCCUGCUGCUGGAGCUGGAACAUCACCAGCCCACUCAUACUUUUUUAACACUCUCCAACUAUCAGCCUAUAACCUUUUGCUCGCAGUCUAAGGUAAUCUCUCAAACCUAGAGGACCGGUGAAAUGAACUUUAAUAAAAAAAAACCUUUGGGACAUAAUUAUAUUAUGUUGUGUAUGUUUGUAUCUGUGUGUGUGUGGUUGCCCUCUGCAGGUGUGUGGGGAGAUGGCUUUGCAGCAGACGUCCUUCUCUGUGGGUCUUACUUAUCAUCCUCAUCAUUUGCAUCGCCAUCCAGAUCUUCGUUGCUCAUCAGACAGGGUAUAGUUACACACACACACACGCACACAGAAGCAUGCACGCACAAACCUUAGGCCAUUAACUGGAAUACUUUAAAAUUUAAUCUCUAUGUUUUGAAAGUUCUCUAAAAGGGGACUCAAAAAUGGAUAGAUGUCAAACUGAGAUAAACUUACACUCCAGUGUUUAUGGAGUACUUGUUUUUUUCCUCCCAUAAUGAGAUUUUGCUGAAUAUGAAGAUUUUUACAGUUCAACACCCACAGUUUACUGCCCAAAGCAAGAAAAAUAAUGUCUUAUGCAGCCUGUCUUCACUUGCCCUGAACAUACACCCAGUGCUCUGUUUAAACUGCUGCAUCAGGUAAUAACAGAGAAUAAAACACAGAGAAAUUGCACACUUGCAAACCGAUUUACCGCAGACAGUUAACCACUUACCACCAUCUUUAACUUGGCAUGACAUCUCUUAAUCAUUAAACAUUGUUUACAGUUUUUUUUAUUAACAUUUGUUGUUUUUCUGAUACAGUGAGCAACUGUGCUCACAAACAGUGCAUUUUGAAAGUGAUUUUGAGUCCAGGAUUUCUGAUCCUUAAUACUGUCUUGUCUGUCUUUAAUAUUAAAAUAGUGCCUGAAGGCCGGCAGGUAUUAUAUCCAGUAAAGGAUUUCAACCUUGUCUCUUUUGUGCAGUUUCUUAGUGCUCUGAACCUUGUAAUAAUGUUGCAGUUGACAGUAUCCUUAAAUUCUGUUUUAAAUUUUUAAAACAUAAACUGAAGUAAUCUCAUGAUAUGAAAAUCAAAUGAUGCUUGAAGUGAUCUGGAAAUCAUGAACAUGAUCACAGUAAUUCCAUAAACUAUAUCACUACUUUAAAUUUCAGAUAAAUUGCCUCUUUUGUGUGUACAAUUGAAUUUAGAGGUAGGGUGACUGUGAUUAAAAUACUUCAGGGUAGUACAUGACGCUGACUGUAUGUGUGACUUCUUACAGCCAUGCCAAACUGAUGGGACCUCAGCACCUCACAGCAAACAAACAGCAGCUGUUUCCAACCCUGCAGAACAUCUUAGAGAGCUUUGACCCCGAGAUCCUGAGGGGAACCCAGAGUCUGGAGACACUACGAAAAAACAGAACUGCAGAUUCUUACAACAGGAGGCCACAAGAUCCUGUUCUGUCCAGACAGGUGGAUAAAAUGGUCCCCCUUGAAACAGAGCCUCAGAGUGAGGCAGGAAAACUUUCAUUAGUGGGACUGCUUUUAACAAAACUGGAUAACAAGCCGAGACUUGAUCUUUCACAUUCUCUGGUCCCUCAGAGAGUGGGGACAUAUUUAUCUGAAGACACAGAGCAAAGACUCAGUAACAGUCCCUCUCCAUCCAGUCCACUAAAAGCUGGUGGUGAAACAGCUUGCCUCCCAAAAUCUCACAUUGUUUUCCUAAAGACUCACAAAACAGCCAGCAGCACCAUCUUAAAUAUCCUGUAUCGCUACGGCGAAAGCAGGAACUUGACCUUCGCCCUCCCUGUAAAAAGACAAAUGCAGCUGUUUUACCCACACUUCUUUGCUGAACGCUUUGUGGAAGGAGCCGUGGGCCGAAAUGUGAAGGAGUUCCACAUCAUGUGCAACCACAUGAGGUUCAUAAAGUCAGAGGUGAGCUCUUCUGAAUGAACACUUUGAAGUUUUGUAGAUGCAUUUGGCUGUGAUUAAACUUCAGAUUAAGAGCGCUGUCUGAAAACCAUCAGGUAACCUGGGAUCCUUCAACUAACACAGAAUAUCUUCUCUAAGCCUUUGACUCUAAUGAAUUUUAUUCUUCUUUCUAAACUCUGGUUCAUAGAAGUGUCCACUCUUGUGUGUUCAGCUUGUCAUCAUCACUGUGAGAAUCACUUUUUUUUUGUUUGGUUGUAUUUUUGGCCCCUUUGGAGUCUGCAGACUUUAACAGCUAGAAAGAGCACUGCAAAGUCAAGGCCUCGUGCAAAAAACAAACAGGCUUCCUGACAGCCAAGUGGAACACUAAAUAAUAUCCCAAAUAGAGCAUCACUUUUUCUGGCACCUGCAUCUCCAUCCGCCUGCCCCCUCCAUCUGCUGUUGUCAGUAGUCUAGUUGCAGUUAUGGUUCUACCACCAAUCUUUAAAUAAAGAAGAUGAGCUGACCAGGAUCUCCUGUGGUUAAUACUCUUAUUAUUGAGAAGUAUCUCAUACAACUCCAUUUAAAAAGACAAACUAUCCCUUUAAGUCCAUUCAGAAAAUGACUUUGCAACUGCCACACAUUCAGAAGUAUGAUUUUUAAUAAGAAGUUCAGAGCUAUGUAAAAUUCCUCAGAGGUUUCAGAAGACAAAAAUAAGCAUUUGAUGAGUGCAAAGAUUGUCUGCCCCUCUCUAUUAUAAUUGUCUUUCUAUGUUAUGUCUCAGGUGGCCAAAGUCAUGCCUGAAGAAACGUUCUACUUCUCCAUCUUGAGACACCCUGUGGUCAUGAUGGAGUCCAUUUAUACCUACUACAAGAGCAUCCCAGUUUUCAGGAAGUCUUUCAGCAUGGACAACUUUCUGGACAACAGCUUGAGGAACCAGGUAUCCACUGUGUCCACUAACCACUACGCUCACAAUGUCCUGGCCUUCGACUUCGGCCUCGAAAACAACGUAACAGCUGAUUCUAGCGACCUGGAGGAGAGAGCCCGCAGGGCUGUUGCAGCCAUCGAACGAGACUUCCAGCUUAUUCUCAUCUCUGAGUACUUUGAUGAGUCAAUGAUCUUGCUCAAGCACACCCUCUGCUGGUCACUUGAAGACGUGGUUUACUUUAAACUCAACAGUCGCUCAGAAGGAUCUCGACAGCCGCCUUUACCUGUCACUGCAGAGAAAAUCAAAAGGUGGAAUGCUUUGGACUGGAGGAUCUACCUGCACUUUAACGCCACCUUCUGGCACAGAGUGGAGAGUCUGAUCGGGACAGAGCAGGUGAAGAGGGAAGUAGAUGCCCUCAGAGAAUUACAGGCGAAACUUGCAAAAACCUGCCUGAAGGAUGGCGGAGCUGUCCACCCGGCUAAGGUGAAAGAUGUUCGAAUGAAGCCGUACCAGAGCGGGAAAGCUGUAAUUCAGGGCUAUAACCUGAACCCACUGACAGACAUUCAAAUGAGAAACAAGUGUCAGAAACUUAUAACUCCAGAACUGCAGUACACAAAGCUCCUGUACAACAAACAGUUUCCUGGUUUUCAUGAUUAAAGAAGAGCAUUCAGGGUGAUUCACACCUUUAGUGCUAGGAAAGCUCUUGAUGAGGGACGCCUGUCAUGCACAUCAUAUUACACAAAAACCAACAGAAACAGACCAAAUAGUCUCAAUAGGAGCUGGUUCAAUGUAUACAGGGUCACAACAAGACCAGGAACCAGGAAGCUCUGAGCAGCAACAUGAUCAUGCUGUUUCAGGCUUACUCUCUACAAAUUCAAAACAAAGGCAGAAAGUUUUUCCCAAGAGAGGCUUGCAUCUGUUUUAAACCACCUUCAGAAAGUGCUGAGAUGUAACAACAUGAUGCUCUGCUGCUCUGCCAACCUUUCCCAGUGGUGAAGCUAAAAACAGAACUCAAAACAUUGUACUUUCAUCUUGAUUUUCAUCGACUGAGAACAUUUUAUGGAAAUCCUGGUUUGUGUUGGAAUUGUGUUAAAAACUGAUGGUUCAUGCUGUGAACUUUAAUUUACUCCUCAAGCUUGUGGCAAGCCAAAAAAUAUCUUUUCUGUGGAAAGAGCAAUACUUUACCAGAUGGUUUUACCCACCAAAAAUCUGAAAUUUAUGUUUUCAUUUCCUCAUGUUAUCAAGGCUGUCACAGACUGUUCAUUUUUGAGGGACGGUGUUUAUUUAUGGCUAAAUAAAGAGUUAUGAAAAAUGAUUCAUAAUGCUGAUCAAU